UGGUUUGGCAGAUAUUAUACAAAUAUCAAUUAAAGUCAAAGUAAUAAAACUGUUUUGAAGUCCAAACUUUGGAUAAUCAAGAAAUAAGAUUUGUUUAAAUAAAUAAAAGCAGCUUUAUUAAAAGCUAAUAUCAUUAACAAUAGUUAUUAAUAAAUCAAUUAAAUAGAAUUGCAGUGUGUGCCAAAAUACCUGAAUAAAUAAUUCUGGGUCACUGUCUGAAACUCAGCUGUUCGCCAGCGGCUAUAAUUUGAAACUGACUAUACUUUUCUCUAAACGUUUGAAAGAUCAAGUUAAUCAAUACACCUAAAAAUAGUACGCGUGUACACAAUUGUGAAAGUAAACCAAAAUGGCCUUUAACUUGACAAGUAUGAUUUUGGAUAAUUCUAACAUUAUAAAAGGAUAACUAUGGAUAAAAUAGGAUGCAUUAAUAACUUCUGAAUAAGCAAAGGAUAUACAGUAUUGGUGACAUUAUGGACGAUACCUCCUCUGAACGUCUUCAAAUUGAAACACUGGCUGCAUGGUUCCUUGGGCCAAAAUUAGAAAAUAUCGACAUAUUGCAAAAACUAUCUGUAUAUUCGUUUUCUGAAACUGCAAACUUUCGACAAAGAUUAUUCCCAUUAGAUCGAGGAUGCAUAACAGAAGACGUCAGGCAAAGUGAAGCGUAUAAGAACCAUAUUGAGAAGUUGGAAAAAGAAUUGGGGAAAAUAUGCCAGGAAUUACAAAAAUCUCCAAAUUUUGCGAGCACAAGAAUUGUGGGCCUACCAGUUAGCGACACAACAUUAUCGGGAACACUUGGGUACUUAGCGGAUAUACUUUAUAAUUCCAAUAACAUCGACUGUGCUGGAGGGCCUGUAACCACUGCCAUGGAAGUUGAAGUUGGAGAACAACUAUGUGAAAUGCUUGGAUACGAGACACACAGUACACCUAAACCAUGGGUUCACAUCACUUGUGGGGGUACAGUAGCUAACAUCGAAGCUCUGUGGGCAGCACAAAAUAUCAAGUUUUUCCCUCUUGUUGUUCGAAAGGUUAUUGCAGAGAAUCCUGGAAUAGCUUUGCCUAAUAACAAGCAGAUUUAUGAUCCAGAGAAAAUUUCUUUACAAAAUAUUACCGAAGUUUCCAUUUGGAAUAUUAUCAACAUGGAUAUUGAUUGCAUUGUCGAUAUGGCAAAAUCUAUCGGCAAUCACGUGAAUGGUGAGAAAUUAAACAAAAUGAUAGACAAGUAUUCUUUAUCAUCUCUCGGAUGGUACAACUUCAUGACGAUGUAUAAGCUGAAAGAAGCACCAGUUGUUAUAUGUUCUGCAUCAACCCAUUACUCACUGCUGAAGGCUAUGGUCCUGCUUGGUUUAGGGAAAGAUCAACUCAUACAAGUACCAACAGAUGAACAUGGCCGUUUAAACGCACAAAAAUUGGAUAAAGUCCUUUGUGAUUGUGAGGAACGAAAAAUCUCAGUGAUAGCUGUAGUAUCUAUACAAGGAUCGACCGAAUUUGGUGCUAUGGAUCCACUUGAAGAUAUCAUUCUUCUGAGGGACAAAUAUAUGAAAAAGGGAUUGUAUUUUUCUGUCCAUGCUGAUGCGGCAUGUGGUGGUUAUUUUUCAUCCAUUCUUCGAGAAAAUAUUGAUUCAAGUUUUGGUCAAGAUAAUCCCAAAGAGAAAUGGUAUGAUUCAAUGCUCAGUAACUAUACGGAGAAUCAACUUGAUUGUUUAAAGAAGGCUGACUCGAUUACUAUAGAUCCACAUAAAUACGGUUUCGUGCCUUUGUCAGCAGGUGCUAUUUGCUAUAGGAAUGGACAUCUGAAACAUUUUGUAAAGCUAAAGCCAUCUUUUAUUGAUCACGGAUUUAACGAAAGCAUGGGCGUAUAUGGUGUUGAAGGUUCAAGACAAAGUGCAGCCGUAGUCAGUGUACUACUAUCACAUAACGUUAUUGGAUUGAAUAAAUGCGGAUAUGGAAGAAUUUUAGAACACUGUCUGUUAUGUUCUAAACUUAUGUAUUGUAAUUGGUUGACGAUUGCCAAAGAUGAUGACAAUUUUGUGUGCUUCCCGGUCAUGCCAUUACCAAAGAAGACAACAUUGGAGUAUGCCAAAACUUUUAUAAAGAAGUUCAUCAUUGGGAAGACAUUUGAAGAAAUUAUACAGACCAAAAAUACUUUAGAAUUCCUCAGAGGUAUAGGAUCAGAUACAGUGAUGACUCCUUUUCUAGUGAAUUUUAAAAGAGGAGAUGUUUUAAAUGAUGACAUUGAAAAGUGCAACAAAUUAAACGUUGAAAUUCAUCGUCGACUAUCAUUGAUAAAUACCAGACAAAAUAAUAAGAGAAAACCAUUAGCUGUACUACGUUCAUCGAUGUAUGAGGACACCUAUCCAUUAUUUUACGCUUAUAUCAAGGAUAUGCUAGGUCUAAAAGGGACUGCAGGAAUUGAAUUCUUGUUGAAUUUUGCAAAGAAUCCUUGGAUUGUCUACAACAAUCAAGUAGAGAUGAAUGGAUCCAUAUUUAGGCAGAUAGUCCUAGAUACUAUUGGCUUGAUUACAGAUAAACCCUCAGUACAUCCGUUUUUGGUAGCAGGCAGAAUGUUUAAAAACACAUUUUUCUGUGAUUAUCUAACAAAUCUUCAAAUACCAGGUCACCAGUAUCAAGCCAUUGUUAAAUUCCAGUUUCUUAACGCAUCAGAUACUGAAAAAUACCGAACAGAAACUAAAGAGAAUGCAAACAAAUGCAAAAGGCAAAGCAACGUGUUUAUGCAGAUUGAUACAGAAAUGGUUAUAGGAGAAAUUUUAGAAUCAUCAACGGGCGUGGUUCAUACUGUGAGCUUUUAUGAUGAUGUACCAUCGAUGAACAAUUAUCCGUUUAUGUCAUCAAUCAAGGUCAAAGUUGACGAUAUUCCAUUAUUCAGACAUGUUGAUAUGGUUUAUACAGUUGGCAACAUCAUAGACGAUUAUUUUCUUUAUGGAGAUCAACACAGAAUUCACAUGUCAAGAAAGAUUUCGAAGAUGUCGAAUUGUCUUCAAGUUGCAAUUUUGUCAGAAAAGCCAAAUGCUUUACCUCUCCAUUGGAUAGAACAAGGAAUGGACGUAUCACUUAUUGAUUUAGUUGAACACAACAAUAGAACACACGAACCUUGCAUUAAGACAAAGUUCAUCAUUCAAUAUUCUGGACCGGAUGGGAAUCUCUUCAAACAGACAGUCCAACUUGAUCCUGUAUAUGGACUACUUGAUUUUGCUGUUCAGAAUUCUGUUGACUAAAUAUUUUACUCAAACAUUAUAUGAACAUUAACUAACUAUAGAUCAUACUUUUAAAUCAUUGCUUUUAUAGCAUAAUUUGUAGAUUUGAACAAAUAAAAAAACCUAAUUGUGAA